AUGGAAGACACUCCUUGUCCUGAUGUUAUUGUUAUUACAGCUGAUGAUGGAGAUAUCGAUAUAGCUGCAACAAUGGAUGACCUUGCUGGUGGUAUAGAACAAGCAAAUGCAGCUAAGAAUGAAGAACAAAUUCCAUUUACUAAAAGAAAACGGAAAAAGACUUCAGAAGUUUGGGAACAUUUUCGUGAUAUUAAGUUGGAGGACAGAACAGAAAUGUGUGAAUGUAUCCACUGUAAAGAAAAAAUAAAGAAACUAAAAGAAGGAACAACCAUACCAUUGCUUAGGCAUGUUGCGAAAGAUUGCCCGAUUUUAAAAGGAAAACGAGAAGUACAAGGUCAGUUAAAUUUAAAGAUGUUUCCAGGAAAGUCGGAUGCUUCGUCAAUGGUUAGAACUUGGAAAUUUGAUAAUUCUAGGAUGAGAGAGGUUAUUUCUCAUAUGCUUAUGAUCCACGAGUUGCCUUUUAACUUUGUUGAGUAUGAUUUGUUUAAUGUGGUAAUGAAAGAAGCUAAUCCCGCAUUUAACAAGAUAUCGUGUGCAUCAAUUAGAGAAGAUUAUUCUGAUUUUAAGCUUCAUAAAAAUAUCUUGAGUUUUGUUGAUGUGCCUCCACCUUAUUCCGGAGUAUGUAUAUAUGAUUCUCUCUUUAAGUGUCUAAAAGAGUGGAAUAUUGAAACAAAGGUUGCUACGUUAACGGUGGAUAAUGCUAGAACUAAUGAUGUAGUGGCUAAGAAGUUGAGGGAAAACUUGAAUCUUCAAGAAAAACUUGUUCUUGGGGGAACGUUGUUCCAUGUACGAUUUUGUGCGCAUAUACUCAAUUUGCUUGUUCAAGAUGGUCUAGCAAAAAUUGAACCUAUUAUUCACAAUGUUCGUGAAAGUGUGAAACAUGUGAAUGCGUCCCCUGGUCGAUUGCAUAUCUUUAGUGAGCUAGCUAAACAACUUUCAAUGUCAAAGAAGCAUUUGAUUCAAGAUGUUUCUACUCGAUGGAAUGCUACAUAUGCUAUGUUGUCUAAUGCUUUGGAGUUCAAAGAAGUGUUUGUAAAUUAUGCCGAUCGAGAGUCCACAUAUAAAAAUUUGCCAAGUUCUGAAUAUCCUACAUCCAACUUAUUUCUUAGCGAGUUGUUUGGAAUAAAGAAAGCUUUGGAUGCAGUAGCUUUAGAUGGAAGUGAAUAUAUGAAAUCAAUGGCCAUUAAAAUGAAGACAAAAUUGGACAAAUAUUGGGGUGAUUGUAAUUUGUUGAUCUCAAUUGGUGCGGCUUUGGAUCCAAGGUAUAAAAUGAAAUUGAUCGACUUCUCUUUCAGGGCCAUAUAUUCUGACAAUGAGGCUCCUCGACAAAUGCAAAUAGUUCAGGAUACUUUGUAUCUAUUAUUCGAAGAGUAUGUUGAUGCCCAUAAAGCAUCGGUUGUUGCUUCAUCAAGUAGUGGAACAAACAGUGGUGUUGCCGCUCUCAAGAGUAGUUUUGCUUCGUUAACCAGACGAUUGGGUAGAGGUCUUAAAACUGGGACAACUAAAUAUGAUCAACAUAUUAGAAGUGUCGAUAGUUUUACUGCAUCAAAAUCAGAACUUGAUACUUAUUUGGAAGAUAGAGUUUACAUUGGUGAACCAGGUGCAGAUUUUGAUGCAUUGGCAUGGUGGAAAGAGAACAAUUUGAAGUUUAGAAUUCUUUCCAAAAUGGCUGCCGAUAUCUUGGCAAUUUCGGUCACUAUUGUGGCGUCUGAGUCUGCUUUUAGUGCUGGUGGGAGGGUUAUUGAUCCACAUCGUUGUUCUUUAGGAAGAAACAUGGUAGAUAUGCUUAUUUGUGGAGCUGAUUGGUAUAGACAUUAUUAUGGGUUAGAGAGAAAGAAAAACAAGAAAAAUGAGGAUAUUUUAAAGUUAAACAAACGAACACGAACAAGCCUCUGUUCGUGUUCAUUUGGUUCGUUUACAGCCCUAGGCGUAGGUGUUUUGUGGCAUGACUCUCUUCACGGACGAAGACAACCAAUGAAUGAGCAACUUUGCAAACGGUCAACAAUGACAUUGCGUUUAAUUCCAUUUGUAGGUGAAGAAGCAACUUGA